CUGGGUGCGCGGUUUACCUCGCUUCGCGUGUUCAGGCGGUUUGUCCCUGUCGGGGACCCGUACACGCUGUGUCUCUGCGAGUCCCGCUACAGUGAAUCCGAAGAUGGCGGAAGCUCCUGUACAGACCUGCCGGUAUUUCUGUCACCGAUGUUCUGAAGAGAUUAGCCCUCGUCUCCCGGAUUACACCUGUCCACGGUGUGAGUCCGGCUUCAUUGAGGAGUUACCAGAGGAGAGAAGUACAGAGAAUGGCUCCACAUCCACGUCGUCCACCAGUGAUCAGAACCGUUAUCCAUUUGAGAAUGUGGACCCGACACUAUUUACCUUCCCACACCCGUACGGCCAGCUGGCUCUGGGCAUCUUCGGCGAGGGUUUUGAUCUCCGGACGGGCAUGCCCUCUGAGGACGGGCGCGAUGCUGAGAACCGGCGGGAGCGGGAGAUGGCAUCACGCCAACGCUACGGGGCCAGACAACCUCGGGGGCGCCACAUUCCCCGGAGACAAGGGACACGGCACGAAGGAGUGCCCACUUUAGAGGGAAUAAUUCAGCAGUUAGUAAAUGGAAUCAUCGCGCCAACAGCUAUGCCAAACAUGGGAAUGGGACCAUGGGGAAUGCUACAUUCAAAUCCAAUGGACUAUGCAUGGGGUGCCAACGGCUUAGACGCCAUUAUAACACAGUUAUUAAAUCAGUUUGAAAAUACGGGUCCACCUCCUGCAGACAGAGAGAAGAUCAAAAACCUCCCGACAGUUCAGAUCACAGAGGAGCAUGUGGGAGCUGGUUUAGAAUGUCCCGUGUGUAAAGAAGACUACACCGAGGGGGAGAGCGUUAGACAACUUCCAUGCAAUCACCUCUUUCACAAUGACUGUAUAGUGCCCUGGCUCGAACAGCAUGACACGUGUCCGGUGUGCAGGAAGAGCUUGAGCGGCCAGAACACAGCCACAGAUCCUCCUGGCUUAUCAGGAAUGAACUUCUCACCUUCCUCAUCGUCAUCGUCCUCCUCCAGUUCCCCUAGUAACGAGAAUGCUGCCAACAACUCCUAAAAUACCCGCAAUCCUUCCUGACACACGCACGCACACACACACACACACGCACACAAAUAUUUUAUCAUCUCAGUCAGAGAGGGUGUGGCCAAUCCUGUUAAAGCUCAAACCCCUCACUCAGAUCUUAAUAAUCCAGCCCUGAAGAACCAGGAAUGUUCUAGAUUGUUCUAGCGCUCCACUUCUCACACGGUUCUGCCGUUACUGAGAAUGAAGCGAGGGCCGAUCUGAAACCUGAUCGUCUAGAAUGCACCCUUUAAGGCCAACACCUCAUUAUCCUCCUCAUCAUCAUUACCCUCAUCAUCAUUAUCAUCUGACUCCCUGGAGAAAGCGCCAAAGGACAUGUCGACAAGCAAACAGAGGAGAGAAACCACACACACACACACACACACACACACACACAGAACACCUUCACCUGUAUUCCAAUCCUUUUUUUUUUAUUACUGAACUGGAGCAUGAGCUUUUUUUUUUUUUUUUUUUUUUUUAAACACAUGACAAGCAGUCCCGUACAAACAGGGAUUUUAACUCAAAAAGCGACUGUGGGGUCAAAUAAAGGGAAAAAAGGGUUGAUAGCAGUUAGAAGAUGUGUACAGAACUCUUGCAGACACACACACACACACACACACACAUUCUCACACCCAGCCAAUUACAGGAUUUGAAUGUCAUUUUAAUAGAGACUGUUACGUCUCUCCUUCCCAUGCAGGCAAAACCUUCAACUAGAACCAUUUUUUCUUUUGUUUUUAUUAAAAUGAUUUUUUAAAAUUCAUAUAUAUCGGCGGCUAAGAGUUGUACUCCGUGAAUACGCAUAUAGUGAUAUUUAUUGAGGGGAAAAAAAUGAGAUAACAGACAAACGAAGAACAUCAAAAAAAAAAAAAAAAAGACAAGAAGAUCAUUGGUCUUAAGAUUGUGUAAAGUAUUUAUUUGCACAAUAUUUAGUUUUCCUCAUGUUUAGAACAAUGAACAUGUAUGGGUGUGAAUACAGCAGGUAGAAAAUCACAUAAUAGACCCAGUUUUUUUUUUUUUUUUUUUUUUUUU